UUUUUCUCGCAGGCUUUCUGGCAGUGGCUGGUUGUGCGCAGGACAAAACUGGGCAAAGUCAGGUGCAGACUGCAGUGGUUGAUCUGAAAAAUAAAAUGAUGAAGAUUUGUAAACAAGGUCACAUGGUUUAUGUCAAGAAGAACUAAAAAUUCAUCUGCAGGAUGUAUCAGAUUGUCCCAGUGGCUCCCGGGGAGCCGCAGUUGGAUGGUUCACCUCUGAAGAAAAAGCCCAAGUAUGAAGGCCGUCCAAUGGUGCUGGCCGGGUUGUUGGGGUGUGUGCUGGUGCUGGCGGCUGUAGUUGCCUGGUGUUACUACUCAGCCUCUUUGCGAAAGGCCCAGAUGCUGAACACUGAGCUACUGGAGCUGAACAGAGAUGGCUUCAUCAUUCGUAACCAAUUGGGGGCUGUUAUCUUUACUAUGGCAUUCAGGUCUGGCACGCUGGAUUUGGAUUCAUGCUCAAAAGAGAAAAAUAUUCUGAGAUGCACUCAUUCAAACUCUGGAAAGCUGAACUUUUUUAUACAGACCAUUCGACCCAAAGACACAGUGACAUGCUACCGUGUGCGGUGGGAGGAGCUAGAAGACAAAACACUUGUAGAACAUGCCAUGAGCUGUAAUGCCUCUCAUUGGUACGGAGGGGCAGAGCUGGCAACACAACACUGGCCCAUAAAGAUCCAAGGUGAGGUGGAACCACGGCCCUUCAUCACAAGCGACGUAUACUCGAACAGAGAUUCUUUUGGAGGGAUUUUGGAACGUUACUGGCUUUCCUCAAAUGCAACAGCCAUCAAGAUCAAUGAUUCUGUCCCGUUUCACUUGGGCUGGUCGGAGCAGGACAGAACCCUGCGGUUUCAGGCACAAUACCUGAAGUCUCCGUUCAGACCAGAGGAGGGGCAGCAGGCUGUGCCAGAGCUCAGCUACAGAGUGUGUGUGGGCUCUGAUGUCACCUCUAUCCAUAAAAUUAUGGUACGAAGAUAUUUUCCAAAACCUAUUAAAGUCCCAUCUCCUGAACUGUUCAGGCACCCUGUGUGGUCCACGUGGGCUAUCCACAAGUCCGCCAUCAGUCAGGAGAAACUUCUUCAGUUUGCAUCAGACAUCUCUAAGCACGGAUUUGCAUCUUCACAUUUGGAGCUUGAUGACCGUUACACAGUUGACUAUGGCGAGUUUGACUUCGACCCUCAAAAGUUCCCCAAUGCUACUGGCAUGUUUGACAAACUCAGAGCAGACGGGUUUAAGGUGUCACUGUGGACUCACCCUUUUAUCAAUUAUGAUUCUAUAAAUUUUGGCACUGCUGUGGAAAAAGGGUUAUUUGUACGGGAGCCUGGAGGAGAACUUCCUGCCCUAGUUCGUUGGUGGAAUGGCAUUGGAGGGAUUUUGGACUUUACUAACCCAGAGACCCGUGAGUGGUACUCCUCACACCUUCAUACACUUAAAAAUCGCUAUGAUAUUACUUCUUUUAAGUUUGAUGCGGGGGAAACAAGCUAUCUUCCACGUCAGUUUAGCACACUGGUCCCACUGUCUGACCCCUCGACCUUUACCCGGCGUUACAGUGAGAUGGCAUUACCUUUCAAUGAGCGAGCUGAGCUGCGUGUGGGUUAUCAGAGUCAGAACAUCUCCUGCUUCUUCAGGAUCAUCGACAGAGAUUCAGUGUGGGGUUAUGAGCUCGGGCUCAAAUCCAUCAUUCCCACUGUUUUAACUAUCAGCAUUCUUGGAUACCAGUUUGUUUUGCCUGAUAUGAUUGGAGGGAAUGCCUAUCCGAACCGCACUGCAGGUGUGGGUGGUCUUCCCGACAGAGAACUCUACAUCAGAUGGCUGGAACUGUCUGCUUUCAUGCCAGCUAUGCAAUUUUCUAUUCCACCUUGGGCAUAUGACAAAUCGGUAGUGGAAAUAGCACAUAAGUUCACCAAUCUCCACAAGGAACUGGUGGCCCCGAGAGUGUUGGAAUUGGCAGGGGAGGUUCUUGACACAGGGGACCCGAUUAUAAGGCCUUUGUGGUGGAUUGCCAAUGAUGAUGAAGCUGCCUACAAGAUUGAUUCCCAGUUCCUGAUUGGAGAUGAUUUAAUGGUGGCUCCUGUGCUUGAGCCGGGAAAGCAAGAAAGGGACAUCUACCUGCCAGCUGGAAGCUGGCGAAGCUACAAGGGUGAGCUCUUUGACAAAGGUCCUAUUUACCUCACAGACUAUCCUGUGGACCUAGACGAGGUGGCCUAUUUUACAUGGGUGCAAGUAACUGAGUGACUGCACAAACAUGGAUUAUUAUUAUUUAAGACAUUCAGUAUAAUGAAUUAUACCUAAGACAUUAUUUAAGACAUUCAGUAUAAUCUUGCCCUCAAUUUCUUUACAUGAAAAUAGAAUGCGAUUUUGAAAAUGAUUUGGGUGAUUAUUAAUUCUGUUAAUGCAUUUUUGUUUGUUUCAGUCAUUUGCUGAUUCAUUUGAGUCAAAGCUAAUUAGUCUUUUUAAUUUUAAUUCCCUUGUGCCUUUCACAUUCUUCCAUCCAAUUCAUAUUAUACUAUUCUAUACCUUCUAUCUUAUACAACCUAUUAAUAUCUUAUGUGGUCACUUGUGACUUGAGUACUCUGUUAAUUGUAGUAAGUCCCAACUGAAGCCAUAUUAGAUUUGUGCCUGCAAUGGAUAAAUGUCUUCCAAGGAUCUUUAUUCAGUUUAAACAUGCAUUAUGUAAUAUUGCCUACACUAUUCUAACAUGAAUAACUAUUUUUGAAAAGGGAAUUAGAAAUUACAUUUAUUUUGCCUCUUACACUCACUACUGAAUUAUUUGUUAAACUUGCCAUAUUACCAUCUGCCAUCCAUUCCUGCCUUAUAUCUUGAAAUAAGAGAAUGUAAUAUUUUAUGUAACUCUGGCUGUGCCAAAUCAAAGUUGUAAAUACACGUUGUACAUUACAUUUGUUACCUUAAGUGGAACACUGGAAAUAAAAUCACCUGUUUAAUUCCAUGGUAAA